AUGGCGGAAAGUCAGGGGAGGAAAGUCCAAGACGGAGACAAGACCCUUGAAACGAUGGUAUUAGACCCACAUGCUGUGGCGGUUGUUCCCCAUCUGCUGUGGCUUGGCUUUCUGCAUGCGUCCAGUGUGUGGGAUAGACCAGUCGUAGGAUUAACUACCUCUUUAUGGAGUAAAGCACUCCUUAUCUACACCAAUCGCUUUCAGCUUUCACCUCUCAAUCAAAAGAAGUCGUUUAUAUUGUUUAUUCGCUUUGUUCAUACGAAUUCUGGGUAUCUCUGUUAUUCUUUCGCUUCCUGCCACCGAACUCGCUUUGCCAGACGACCAAUACUCGACAUGAAGCAUAUACGCGGCCUAAUAUCGAUAACACAAGCACUUCGCCUUACCUUCCUGCCCCCUUUCCAGACCACCCAUGUCCAGUUUCUACGCUACAAUAAUGCAUUACGAGGAACACAAUUGAGGUUCCUUCAGUCUUCUCGCCGUCUUCCCUCACAGCAACCAAGACAGACACAGAUCAGAGAUGAAGAUAUUCGAUCCGAGUAUAUACAAAUAGUCAACGAAAAUGGCGACCUUGAGCCUGCAAUGAAGCUAAGAGAUGUGCUACGCUCUUUCGAUCGAUCUGAGAACUUUCUCGUACAAGUGUCUCCUGCCCUUCCUGGCCGCCCACCAAUCUGCAAGAUCAUGAACAAAAUGGCCAUGCGUGAGCACGAGCGAGCCAAAGCCAAAGCUGCACAUGCCACUAAAACAGCAGUAAAACAGAUUGAGUUGAAUUGGGCCAUCGACAGUCAUGAUCUGGCUCACCGCUUGAAGCAAUUGACGAACUUCCUAGAGAAAGGCCGUCGUGUGGAAAUUAUCCUGACACGGAAAAAGGGCAAACGAGCACCCACUGUGGAAGAGAUUAAAAACGUCAUGGACAGUGUCUUGCAAGCUACGAAGGAAGCCAAUGCGAUGCAGAUCAAGCCCAUGGAAGGGGAACCGGGCAAACAUGUAACCCUAUAUGUGAAAAAGAAGGAUGCUUAA